UCCAAUAUACGGUUUGCUUGGAUCGUUGCGCGUAGGCUAACCCUAAAGUUCUCUAACAGUUCUAUAUUCAAGUAGGAUUUCAUAAUAUUUUAUUAUGGAAGAAGAGAGUGUGAACGAGUCAUUUCCAGAUUUGAAAGAGCUGGAAAAUAAAAUUGGGAUGAAUACUCCGGAGAGCCUGUUGAGGUUGAUGCAGGGGGAUGCUUCGCUCUGCGCUGAGUGGAGUUCCGACAGUCCGGAGGGGAGAGACAACAGCACCAGCGACAGUCUGACGGACAAGAUCAGAAACUUGAAACUGGAGAUGGGCUGUCUGCGUGCUGCAGACGUGCGGGUCCUGCGCCAGCUGGUGGCGGUGCAUGAGGCCAUGGAGGCUGUGCGCUGGCUGCUGGAGGAGCGUGGCACCCUGGCAAGCAGGGGCAGCAGCCUGACAAGCAGCCAGUGUAGCCUGGCCGAGGGGCCUGGCAUGUCCCCCUGCAGAGAGGGCCUGAGUCUGGCCCUAACUAGCCGGAAGAGUCCUCUACAUGACGCCAAUGAAGAGGAAGAGCUGCCAGUACCAGAUAGCAUCUCCGGGCACAGCUACUUCGAUAUGCUCACCAACACCGUUUCUUCUAAUGAUACAGACACAGGGUUGACACUAGAGGGCAGGAUUGUUAGCCAUCCUGAGGGGACAGGAGAAACUGGGACACCUUACUGUGGUCUCCCAGAGGAGAGACAAGGGGCCUCUGACGGUGACAUCCUGGGGGUGGAGGAACAGACCAUUCCCAGUUGUGAGGUUCUGUUGGGGUAUGAUGCUCAGUGGUGCUGGGUGGAGUCUCAAGACGAUGUGACAUUUCUCUGAUGUUAUUAGCGCAAUUCAAAAGAUGCUUUAUGAAAUGAAACCUACCAAACUUACAGGAUGCAGCGGUGCUACAGUUGGACAUGAAGUGCCCUGUCCUGGACUGAGUGACAUUUAAAUUGACAUUACAAAAGUGUCCAUGGUGGACUGGAUGAUGAAUGCUAGUAGCAUUGUUCUCUUUAGAAGAUCAAGGUGUACUCAUGUUUUGAUUUAGCUACUUUGGCUUUUCAAUGUGACUAUUGUUCAUUCCAUUGUUACAUUCACAGUUUCUGCUUCUUUCAACAAGAUGUAAUCAGAUCGAUGUCAUGUUUCCACUAUGCCUUGUAUUGGUAAAGAAAGCUUUAUGUAGAGGGCUAUGCAGAAAAUGCAUUGAUGUUAUGAAAUUCCA